UCUUACCAAAGUCUAUCUUAGUUUCAUUCAGGAUUCUAACAAAUAAAAUGUAUUUAUGCCACUUGCUACAAUUAUCAUUAACGUGACUUUUGUAUAAAAAUAUUGCAUUAUCUCAUUAUAUUAAUUGCUAAAUAGCACAAUGAAUCAUAUCGCGGCUUUAGUUGUCUUCUUGAAAUAUAAUUAUAAAAUCAGGGUUUUCUAUUAUCUUUUAAUAGGGCAAAGUGCAAUGGUAAUAUAGGACUUUAGGAAAAACACUUCCUGGAUGGAAAAAUAGCCUAAAAGAAAAGUCGGUAUUAGUUUUCAAAGUUACAAACCCAUUUAUCUCUGCUCUAUUUGAACAACUAAAGAUGCUAUUUGUAAGAAGGAUAGCGUUAACAUCCACUGAAUGAAGAUAUUAUAUAAGCCGCAAUUUUGUUCGGUGCAUGCUAUCAGCUAUCUGGGACUAUGGAUACAAAUGGAGUCAGAUUAUCACUGGUUGGUUACUGUCGCCCUUGUGACGUCAUCCAUUAUAGCCGUAACUGCCAACGUCUCUUUGCUCUUCAUUUUUGCUAGGAAAAGGAGCUUACGCACCAUACCUAAUAGAUUCGUCAUAAAUCUACUGGUAACCAAUCUCCUCUCCAGCCUCUUACUGAUACCACUACUCAUAGUAGAUCAAGGUUCCGUUUCAACUCAGCUAAAAACCAACCACACCAUCCAGAGUAUCGAAGAAGAUGUACUUAUCAAAGAAGAAAUUUAUUCCAACAACAAAUCUUUGCAAUUUUUUGAAACUACUAAAAAAAUUUUAGAAACCGAAAUUAAUAGUACCACCAUAAUGUCACCCAUAGCAACCAAUAAUGGAGAGCUUCUGUGCUACUUCGCUCAAGCCAGUACCAGUUUUGUUUGCACCGCUUCAAUAUUUAGUAUCCUGUUGAUAGGGAUUAAUCAAUAUUUUGGUGUGAUACACUCGCUAAGGUACCAUUUUUACGUGAACAAAGUUAGAGCAACAAUAUUUAUUGCUAGCAGUUGGGUGGCAGCACUUACCUGUGCUAUUUUAAGCACUGUAACUUACUCAGAUGGCAGCUUAUGGCACUUUUGUUCUAAACGUAGUGAUAUUGAGGAAACUUCGACCAGUCGUACCUUAAAUACCUUGUACGCUUUUAGCUACUUUUUCUUUGUAAUAUUAGCUCCGUUUUUAGCUAUUUGUAUAAUUUAUUGUUGUAUAUACACUGCUGCUCAUCAAAAUAGUGAGAGGAUGCGAAAAAGUACUUCAUCUUCAUUACCAACUCCUAUAGAGUUUGUGCAAGUGGAGCAGCAACGUCUUCCCAAAGUACAUUCAGCGCCAAAUUUUUCUGUCUUGGAACAUUCUAGAUUAAGUACUACAAUUCCAGAAAAUAAUGUAGUAAAACGGACUAGUAGUGAUAGAAAUAAUUUUAUUAUAAACCUAAAACAUAAAAUUUCUAAUGCCUCAGUGUUUAGAUAUAGAGAGGAAACUAGAGCUGCCAAAAUAAGUGUUAUUGUAAUUUUUAUGGUACUUAUAUGUUACGUUCCAUACGGAUUAACUUUGGUUCUAACUUCGGGUUGUAUUAAAAUAAGUUCCGGUCAAAUUUUCAAUUAUUUGUCAUUAGUUUUAUUAGUGUUUUCCAAUGUAAUAUCUCCCUUUUUGUUCGGUUAUAGAAAUAAACGGGUAAAAAGGGAGAUAGGUAGGUUGCUUGGCCUAGUACCACCCUCCAAUAAACAAAAUAAAUUUACUACUUUGCCAACACAAAGACAAACGAGUAUUACAAGAAACAGAAGCUAUGCUGAAGGUAUUGAUAAUGCUAAUCGUAACUUAAACGAAAACUCCCAACCAUUAUUAGCCAAUGGUUUAAUUAUACCAGAAGUUGUUGUUACCUGUAAAGGGGAAACUGAGAGAAAAAGUAUUUUGAAGAAAAUGGGGAGUGGGUGGUCAAAUUAUAAAAAAUGUAACUUCAUUACAGUACCCGACGGUUGUCUAGGAGAUGCAAGGGGGUCGUUUUCGAGUGCUAGUACCCAAAUUUCAAAUGAUGAAUUUUAGAUGAGAUGUUUCUUUUUUUUUAAAUAUGGCUGUGUAAAAUUAAGUUUCUUAUUAGGCUCCGGUUUGGUACUAAAAUUUUUUGUGAUAAUAAAGCAGAAAUAUCUACAAAAGUACCGUCGUUUAUUACUGUUGUAGAUAUUGUUGUCUUAGUACUUAGUCAAGACCUGUUACUAGCACUUAAUAGUAUUUCUUGUGAAGUAAUUAUAUUAUUUAGCGUAUUUAAAUUUUCCUACAAAAACGGAAUUUUACCAAAAGCAAAUUAUUAUUGCGUACUUUGGGUACUUUUUCGGGUACAAAGUAUCAAAGGAAAUUUAUAAUUAAUUAUUAUGUAAGUGGAUUCUAUUUUUACCUACUAUUUUGGAUGAGUUUUUUGAACCUCAUUGUAAAUCCAUCUUUUUCCUAUUCCUGUAAUUGGAACGCACUAUUUCCACACUUUUUUGUCAAUAUGGCAUACCUACUUAAAGAAGUAAAAACGUCUGAAACGUACUUUUUCUUUUUACAUAAAUCUGAAAAUUGACAAUGUUUGCUCUCUUCUUUGUGUAAGCUAUUUAUUUCUUAAGAACUAGAUCUUAAAGUCUUAUUAGAAUAAUCACAUUAAUAUAAACAUUAUUUUAGGGAAAAAAAUUAAGACUGACUUUUAAGCAAAUUUAUUGUUUUUGUUUACUGAGGGUAAUGUAAGUACCUCCCUACAAUUUUAUUGUAAUAAAGUAUCUAUCUCAAUAUUUAAACUCUGAUUAGGUAGGUGGGAAGGUACUCUGGAGAUGUUUUCUUGGACCCUGACAGCUAUUUCAUGCCGAUCUUGUUCAACAUUGAAAAGCUAAAAAUUAUUAAGUAGGUACCUACCCUUUCUAUUAAACUAAAACAAUAAAUCCGGUAUAAUCACAUUGAUUGUUACAUCUCCAACAAACCUUCCGAUUGUUUGUACGUACAUGUAGGGUAUUUUUAAAUUUAGGUUUUUUUCUACUUAAUUUAUUAUAAAUAGGAAACGUACUGUAUAAUUUAAACAUCGAUUUGUACUAUUGAAAUAAGUUAUUUCUAUUUUGAUUUAUUUAUAAAUAAAAAAAGUUGAACUUUUAUUUUUUUAU